ACAUUUUCAUUGAGAAAAGCUGGAGUGAGGGAGUCUUUGAGGAGCCUGAACUUACUUCAGUACUAAUCUAAGCGUGACCGGGAACGGUCGUCUGGAAAACCAGUUUCAGUGGGUGAAAUACUCUUUGUUUACCACCUGUUGGAGGGUGUGAAAAGUUGGGGUGGUCGAAAUACAAAAGUGUUUUCCGGUGGUUUUCGCAAAUAUGGUAACCCCUCCCGAAUCCACCGAGAAGGAAGUAGAAGUGAACUGCGGGCGCCGCCUCAAGACGUGGUCGCGCAGCCGGCGCUGCCAGCUGUGGCGGCUGCUGCUGCUGCCCUUUAUCCCCAUCCUGGCGCUGAUCGUGCAGACCACGCUGUCGCUCCGGAGUAGUGUGACUAACGGACGGGAGGUGUCGGAGGUGGAGGAACAGGUGAGCCGUGCCACGGAGCUGGGCAAGCUGGUGACGCGGCUGCAGCAGGAGCGCUCCGAGGUGGCCUUCUUCAUCUUCACCAACGGAAGCACACUCAGGUCAAACCUGACCCAGCGCUACGCGCGCACAGACAGCGCCAUCAGCCAGAUGGGGGACCUGCCGCCGCUGGUGUUCCGCAACCGCUCCCGCCCGGUGGACAGCGACGCCUUCAGGAAGGAGCUGGAUGAUUUGAGGACGAGCAUCAACGUCGAGACGUCGAUGACGGAGGCGGUGGAGUGGUACACGUCGGCCAACGCCGCGCUGCUGAACCACCUCACCACGGAGAUCAAGGACACCGACAGCAGCACCAUUUGGAGAUACCUGGUCGGGUUCAAGAACCUCCUCCGUAGCAUCGAAUGCAAGGGGAUAGCGUCGGUGCUCGGCAUCAACUACUUCGGCCGAGGCUACCUGUACCCGCGAGCUCAUCAAAGGUUCAUAUCCCACAUGGUGCUGGGCCGGGACCUGCUGGACAACACGCUGAACCUGGUGCCGGCGCUCAUCCCGCUGCACAAGGACAUCAAGGAGGACAGCCCCGAGUACAAGGAGCUGGAGAAAAAGAAUCAAAUGAUAGUGGACAACAAGGCGAGGGCGGGCAGCGUGACCGAUGCUAUAGAAUACUUCGACCAGACCAGGACCCUGCUGGAUAAGCUGCGCGCCGUGCAGAAGCAGCUUAGGGAAUAUAUCAGGGAGGGCGUGACGGAGAACCUUCUAGAAGCGCGCCAGAGCGAGCUGGUGUGCGCGGGCAUCCUGGUGCUGGUGUGCGUGGUGUCGCCCAUCAUCAUCGCACUGGUUAAAAACGCCGUCAACACUAUACAGGUGUACGCCCGCAACCUGACAGAAAAGGCCCGCGAGCUGCAGUACGAGAAGGAGCUGAGCGACUCGCUGCUGUACCAGAUGCUGCCGCCGAGCGUCGCCAAGCAGCUCAAGCAGACGCAACAGGUUCCUGCCGAGUUCUUCGCAUCCGUCACUGUGUAUUUCAGCGACAUCGUCGGUUUCACAGCCAUCGCUGCCGUCUCCACCCCAUACCAGGUGAUAAGUUUCCUGAACUCAGUGUACAAGGUGUUCGACGAGCGCAUCGAGUGCUACGACGUGUACAAGAUCGAGACCAUCGGCGACUCCUACAUGGUGGCGUCCGGCCUGCCCGUCAGGAAUGGCAACAAGCACGCGACGGAGAUCGCGAGCAUGGCGUUGGAGCUGCUGGAGGCGACCGCCGCGUGCCGCCUGCCGCACCGACCCGACCAGACCCUCUGCAUGCGUAGCGGCAUCCACAUGGGCCCGUGCGUGGCCGGCAUCGUGGGCAGCAAGAUGCCGCGGUACUGCCUGUUCGGAGACACCAUCAACACGGCUAGCCGUAUGGAGAGCACGGGCGAACCAAUGAAGAUCCAGGUGUCCUCGGACGUGAAGCGCGCGCUGGAUCGCACGGGGCUGUUCGUGAUGCAGCCGCGCGGCGUCGUCGACGUCAAGGGCAAAGGCGAAAUGACAACGUAUUGGCUAGAAGGGCGGACCGGGCCGUCCCCCGUCCGACCCACGACUUCGUCCCUCGACUACACUCCGAGUUUCCUCGCGCGCAUCCAGUCCCAACGGGGAAAAACCUCGCCGAGGUACCAGCCCGCCUCGCAGACUCAUGCGAAGAUUACUUAAGUUUGUAUUGUUUUGAGUAACUCUGAGUUGCAGAAAGGAACUUUAAGCUAAUGUCGAGCUUGAAUAUAUUGCUGCUUUGACAGUAUAAAGAGAUAGACUUUAAAGUUCCUUUCAGCAAAUCGACAUAAUACUCGUAGGGUUGAAGAUACGUAGAGAGUCUUUGUAUUUUUUUAUGGUUUUUGUUAUGAUGUUAUAAUUUUUCUGAUUUAGCCUCUGUCCUCCCUGCAAAAGUCUGUUAUCGAUGUAGAUAAACGUGACUAUGAAUUGUAUUAUUCGCAGGGUGAGUGUCGAUAUAUUAUAACGUCGAUAACGUACC